CUGCACGUUGAUAUGAGAAGCCAACAUCGACAUCACGAAGAGAGGUCCUUGCGAUGCGAUGGGGUCAGGCAAUCGAUGGAAUGGUUGGAUGGGGUUGAUGCUGCGUCGCAGCCAGCCACACCAACCUACCUACCUACCCUUGCCCUACCCUGCCCUGCCUUCGAGGCUCAACAACAAGACAUGCACACGUUCGCAUGAACGGAUGAACACGCACACGCACAUCAAUGCAUCCAUCCAUCUCUGACGUCCAUCCAUCCCUACGCCAUGUCAUGUCGGCUAUCUGCCUGUCUGUCUGUCUGUCUGUCUCUCUAUCCCUCCUCCCCUCCUCAUUGGCUGUCCGCCGCCCCGUCACACCUCCAUGUCGACCGUCUGCACACACAACAUAACACAACACAACACAACACACACACAGAGAGAGACAGGGAGGGAGGGACGGAGGGAGGGAGGAAGAGACAUGAUUGCGCAUUACACUCGUGCCUCCCUCGGUCGUGGCCAUGACGUGCCUUUGACAGGUAUAUGUCGUUGUAGGGCGUGUCCUGUCGCGCUGUGAGGUCUCCCCCGGUGAUGAGGACCAGAGUGUGGUAGAAGGCCAGGGCGGCCGUGCCGCGACUCACACGCCCGGGGGGGAACACCUCGUGGAACCGCACCUCGGGACGGCCGCCGCCACCACCGUCACCGCCCACCAUAUCAUGUUGCUGCUGCUGCUGCUGGUUGGGAAUGCGAUGCUCUACGUACCUGACGACACAGACACACACAGAGAGAGAGAGAGAGAGUGGGGUGUGUUGUGUGCUGUUUGGUGUUUGGUGUUUGGUGUGUGUGUGUGUACUGUCUCAUUUUGAUGGUGAGGAGGUCGUAUCCGUUGGGGUGGCCAUCGGGGCCCUCGGCCGCCGCAUUGGCGGCACUCUCGCCCGCCAUGGCACCCAACACGCCCCCAAGGCCGCCGUCCACGCCGUCAUCUGUCGGGGGCAUGGGACAACACAACACAUGGAUGGACACCCACACACACCCACACACAUAGAGAUGCUGUUUUUGUUGGUGCACUGUGUGUGUGUGUGUGUGUGCGUGCCUUGCUGCUCGAAGAGCUUCUGAAGGUCUGCCGGGGUGUCCAUCCCGACAUACGCCGCACCUACGUCUCUGGACCAAUGGGAAACAGCACACCACAGCACAACACACACUCAUGGACAGCUGUGGGUGUGGGUGUGUCGUGGGUGUGGUGUGUGGGUGGACAUGUCGUGUGGGUAUGCGAUGUCUCUGUCGAGGUCAUGGUCGUUGUUGUUCCUCAUGCCGCCCAGCGAUGAGCGGCGGCCCGCACGCCCAGCCAUCGACGGGCGACGGCCAGCCUCAUGAUCUGACCCCAAGAAGGAGACACACACACACAAAAUGGUGUGUGGCAUGCAGCUCAUGUGUGUGGGCCUUCCUUCUUUGUUGUGUGUGUGUGCGAAAUCGACCGUCGUCAGUGAGGCGCUCCUGCUGCUCUACGUCCUGCAGGUGGUGCACAGGCAGACACAGCCACAUAUGUGCGCGUGUGAUGGUGGUGUGUUGAGUGUUGACCGCACCCAUCCCCCGGCCCGCCCGCCCUCCAGCCCACCAUGUGUAUGGCGUCGGCGUCAGCGGCCGCGUUGUCCCCCCGCACACGCUCGAUGCCCUCGGCGUCCAAACCGCCCUCCUCCUGCUGCUCCUCCUGCUGCUGGUGGUGGUGGUGGUCGGCCACGAACUCGGGGAAGUCGGGCGGCACGCCGUCACCUACACCCUCACCCUCACCUACACACACAUCCACACACACACACACUGCAAUGGGUGGGUGCAGGGCAGGCUGUGGGGUGUGGCGGCAUAUAUACUGGUUGCGCGUCUCUGUCUGUCUCUGUCCUGCCAGGACUCCUUUUUCUUGUCGGUCCGCGGGCGGCGCUUGUACCGUCGGAAGCGGAACAUCGGCCCGCUCCCCCAGUCGCUCGACUCACACACAUAUCGACCUGCGCAUCAGUCAACACGUACGCCGACUCAUGAGGUGGGAUGCACAGAGGGGAGGGUGUGUGUGUAUGUGUGUAGUGUGGGUGUUGUCUUUGUCAGUCUGACCGAACAUGAGCAUCUGGAGUCUCUUGCCCAGAGGCAAACCGGCCUGCCGAUAUAUAGAACCACCACACAACACACCCGCUAUGCCUGCCAGCAUGGCAUUGCUGAUGCCUGAGGGGGCCUGUGCGCUGGCUGACUCACCGUGAGCAGAAAGGGUUCGUACAUUCGCCGCAGCAUCGCCUCACUCUGAUGGCACGCAGACACAGCGAGACGCCAAUGGCUUCCGGGUGGGUGUGUAUGCGUGUUUUGUUGUGGGUAUGUGUUGGUCUGUGUACUGUACCUACGUACCUCGUCAGGCGACUUUCUGGGCACUGUGAUGUCUGAGGUGUCGUGCAGCCAGCCCUCCAUAACCUCGUCCGACAACAUGGUAUCCUUAUCCACAUCAAACACCUGCACACAACCACACACACACACACAUGGCAUACACACACAUACACGCGUGUGUGUGUGUGUGUGAGACGGGUACCUUCUUGAGUUUGCCGCCCUUCCCCUUGGCGCCUCUUUUGGCUUCGCUAUUGGCUAUGACCCCCUCGCCCCCAGUAUCACCAUCCUCCUCCCCACCACCACCAGCACCAGCACCAGCAGUGCCGCCCUUGGCCUUGCGGCCGCCCCUCUUACCCUUAGUGCCCUUGGAGCGCCCCCGCUGACCCCCAGCGCCACCACUGCUGCCGUCCCCCUCUCCCUCGUGCUGCUGCUGCUGGUUGGCGGUGAGGGGGUCGUCCGCCGCGAUGCCCAUGUCGCGCCAGAAGGCCGCCUCGGUCUCGGGCUGUUCGACCGUGACACACAUGACAUGGGGGCGUGGGAGUGUCCAUGUGUGUGUGUGGGUAUGUGUAUGGGUAUGGUGCGGUGUGUAGGUUACGUUCAUGAAGGCCUCGUCAGGUUCCUCUGGAGGGUGCUCAGGGUGCUGCUGCUGCUGCUGGUCGGUGUCCAUGCCCUCCCCCUGCUGCUGCUGCUGCUGCUCCUGUUGGUCUUGGUCUUGGUCUUGGCCUUGGCCGCCGGCACUCUGCUGGUCCUCCCCAACACCCACACCCAUACCCACACCCACAUCGCCGGCCGGAGAGAAAUCCUCAAACCUGACACCACAUGACACACACAUGGAUGCCGGAGGGGCGGAUAUGUGUGUGGGAGGAGGAGGAAGGGGAGAGAGGGGGAGAAAGGGGUACAAGUGUUACCCUGCCGGCAUGGGUAUGUCUGCCUGUCCGUCUGGGUGCAGGUCGUUGUGUUGGUGGUCUGCGAACUCGUCCUCAAACAUGCCCAUGCCGCCCAGCAGGGGCGGACCGCCAAACUCAUACUGACACGACACACGCACCAAAGAAGAUGCAUGACAUGAAAAAGCAUGACACACACACAGGCAGGCCAUAUGUGCGUGUGUUGUUGUGUGUCGUGUGUCGUGUGGGUGCCUGGUCGUCAUUGAGGUUGAUCGAGUGGCGGCCUGCACACACCCAAAAGAGCCGUGCGUGCGUGGGUGGUUUGUCUGACCACCAUUCCGCCUUCUGUCUGUGUGCGAGAUACCUCCGGCCGCGCCGCGAGGCGAGAGGGGUGGCUGCUCGGGCGGUUGACCAAACUGCGCAGACACACACAAAUACAUACAGAUGACUGAUGCCCCUCCCACCCCUCCAUGUGUGUUGUGUGUGUUUGGCUACGAUGUCCUCAUCCGGGUCUCCGAUGAGUCCGCCGCCGUGCGACUGUGUGGGGUCCAUUCCGCCGAUGGCUGGGAGGCCGUCGCUGCCCUCAUCGCCGUCGCCCAGGCCGCCUUUGGACUUCUUGGUGUUCUUCCGGGGGCGGGCCGCACUCUCACUCGUCGUCUUCAACUGAUGCAUCCGUCGACACAACACAGCACAACACAACACAGAGAGGGGAGGGAGGGGGUGGGGGCAUCCGCUGCCGCGUGUGUGUGUGUGUGUUGGGUGACACACCUUGUAGAGGCAGUCAAGAACGUCAGUCUCCAGAUAGACACACUGACUGCAACACAGCACAGGACACACCACACGCCAUCCACGCCACACAUGGCACCACCUCCCCCUCCCCUCCCCUCCUCCCAUGUGGUGCGCACCGGUCGAAGAUGAGUACGAUGCCGUUGAGCAGCACGCCAGCCGUCCGCAGUUGAAGCUCACGAUCCUAUGGAUGAAUGGACGGAUCCAUGAGUGGAUAGCAGAUACACAGACGUCGUCAUCCGCCAUCCAUGAGUGGAUGCGUGUGUGUGGUCGUCUGGCCAAUGUGCAAGUGAUUCCACACCAGCUGCAUGAGUUGGUCGCAGUGCGUCGACAGCGAGAGGCCCUCCACACUCUUCUGCACCACACAGAUGGAUGGAUGGAUGGAUGGAUGGAUCCAUGGCGCCAUCCAGCCAUUCCAUCCCGGUGUGCUGUGGGUGUGUGUUUGCCUUGGUGAAACAUUUCCGCUUCAGGCCGCCCGUCCUGCCCACACACAAGGGAGGGGAGGAGGGAGGGGAUGCACAUACGUAUCCAUGCCAGAGAUCUGAUCUGCAGGCCUCAUGGCUUUGUGGUGCGGCGGGUGCGCUGCUCACCCGGCCAGCCAGAUGCGUGCGAACUCGCCUGCACAACCAACAGACCGUCAGGAGCGGCAGGGACCAUGCAUUCCGGUGGCCAUCGCCGCUGUGUGCCGCCGGCGUACCUUUCUUCUUCAAAAUCUCCGCCGUGCCCAACAUGAUGGUGAUG